CGCGUUCCUGUUUAUCCCGCCCCGGGCGCCGCGGCCCCGCCCCCUCGCGCAUCACGCAGGCGCGCCUCCGGGACAGGGCGGUGCGCGCCGGAAGGGGCGUGGCGACGGCGGCUGCGCGCGCACGAGGCGAAGGUCAGGGGGCCGUCCAAGAUGGCGGCGGCCGUGCUCCGGGCUUUCGUUCGGGGCUGGCGAACGGGCGUGCGGCACGGUUGCGGGCGGCGGCCGCUGAGCCAGACCCAGGGGCCUCCCAGUUACCGCGGCUUCGUGGAAUCUGUGGACGAGUACCAGUUUGUGGAGCGCCUGUUACCCCCCACCAGCAUUCCAAAGCCCCCCAAACAUGAUAGCUAUCCUACUGCUAGUGGCUGGCAGCCCCCCAGAGACCCGCCCCCUGACCUGCCCUACUUUGUGCGGCGCUCCCGGAUGCACAACAUCCCCGUCUACACGGACAUCACGCACGGCAACCGCCAGAUGACCGUCAUCCGGAAGGUGGAGGGGGACAUCUGGGCCCUACAGAAGGACGUGGAGGAGUUUCUGCGCCUGCUGCUGGGCAGGACACCGGUCACUCAGGUCAACGAGGUGACAGGCACCCUGCGAGUCAAGGGCUACUUUCACGAACCCCUGAAAGCCUGGCUGCUGGAGAAGGGCUUCUGAGGGGGGUAGGCCAGACCUUGGGGGCUGCCUCCCCACUCCUGGAGGGCCUCAGGGAGGGAAGGAGGGAGCAGCUAAGAUGGGCACAGCGCAGGGGUAAGGACCUGGGCAGGGCAGAGCUGGGCUCUGGGGCUGUGGGCAAGAACACUGGAAACUCUAAAAUGGCCCGGCGCCUGGGCACCAUUAGCUAAUGUGUCUCACCCCCAAGCCUUGGCCUGUUGCCCCCAUUCACACUUCCUGACCCGUGUUCCCGUCCUGGAGGUGGGCUGCUGACCCCCACCCACUCCCACAGCCAACAUCCCUUGGCCCUCGCUCUCACAGGGGUCCUGGGGGCGAGUCCUAGGAGUGGUGCCAGCACCAGGCACAGAGGACCCGUGUUAGCCUGAACAGCACCUGGGCCUGCUGCUUGCCCGGUGCCCCACCAAGUGAGCAUCACUUUUGAGUCCAGGGUGCUUACUGGCCCCUGGGCACAGAGGUCCCUCCGGCUGGGCCAGGACAGGCAGACCCCCCACUCUCCCCGCGUCCCGUCCCUCCUGCAUCUUCCCUGCCUACUCCAGCCGGGCUGCAACUCCCUGCAAAGGCCUGAGCUCCUCAGUGCCAGGCACUGGCUUCUGAAAGCAACUCCCCGUGCUCCCAGGUUCCAGAUUGUUCUCCGGCCGGCCUGCUGCUGGGCCGACCCUCACCAGCUCCACCCGUCUGUAAUGCAAGUUUUUAUUCGGCUGUAUAUACAAUUCAAGCUAGUAAAAUUUGUACAAUAUUUACAAAUUAAAUAAUCAUCUGAAACUGUC